AAUCAAUCUCCCUGGCACAAAAUAUCAAAUUCAGGUGUCAAAUUCAUACAAGCAAACAUUAAGCGUGUAUCAUAUAAAGCCGUGCUUAUAAAACUUUCUGACAUUAAUGUCAAUUCAAACUCUCCCACCCUCUUCUCAUUUUUCUCAACUACACGAGAAAUCUCAUCCACCCCUUUCCACCAUCUCACUCAAAUCUUCCCAAAUCAAAGCCAAACCAGAUCACUCGAAAGCCCUGUUCUUUUCAUCUUGUUCAUCUCAAACCUCUCUGUUCUUGUUCUUCUAGUUCCUUUCAGAGUUUCAGGGUCUAGGAUAUUAAUAUAAUAAUAAUAUUCCACCCAGAAACCAAUAAUCCAAAAAUGGUGUUUGAGAAAGAAGCAGACUCGUCCUCCAAGCGCCUCCGAUCACCGCCGGCGACGGAGGAGACUCCUCUUAUCGGGAAGCCGAAGCCACUCUCGUCCCAAUCCAAGAUGUUCGCCAAUGUCUUCAUCGCCAUCGUCGGCGCCGGCGUUCUCGGCAUGCCCUACUCGUUCAAACGCACCGGCUGGAUCAUGAGCCUCCUUACCUUAUUCUUCGUCGCGUUUCUGACCCACCAUUGCAUGAUGCUGUUGGUCUACACGCGCCGAAAGCUCGAGUCGUCCGACGCGGCGACGAAUAUUCCGUCGUUCGGGGACUUGGGAUUCAGCGUGUGUGGCUCUGCAGGGAGGUUAGUCGUUGAUGUUCUCAUCAUUCUUUCCCAGACUUGUUUUUGCGUUGGUUAUCUUUUGUUUAUUGGUAAUACAAUGGCCAAUUUGAUCAAUCCACCGACCUCAACCGAUUUGAGCCCCAGGAUCAUGGGUUUGGUUCCAAAAAGCUUUUAUAUUUGGGGUUGUUUCCCGUUUCAACUUGGAUUAAAUUCGAUUCAGACGCUGACCCAUUUGGCUCCUUUGAGUAUUUUUGCUGAUGUGGUUGAUCUUGGGUCAAUGGGUGUGGUGAUCAUUGAGGAUUUGUUGAUUAUGAUGAAAGGUGUGGAUUUUGGUGGAUUGAAGACUUUUGGGGAUGUGUCCUUGUUCUUUUAUGCUUUGGGGGUCUCUGUGUAUUCAUUUGAAGGGGCUGGGAUGGUUCUGCCUUUGGAGUCGGAGGCGAAAGAUAAGGACAAGUUUGGGAGAGUGUUGGGUUUCACAAUGGUGUUUAUUGCUUUGAUGUAUGGGAGCUUUGGAGCGUUUGGUUACUUUGCUUUUGGGGAACAGACUAAGGAUUUGAUCACGGCUAACCUUGGGAGAGGGGUGGUUUCGACUCUGGUGAAGCUUGGUCUUGUGAUCAAUCUGUUCUUCACAGUGCCGAUAAUGAUGAACCCGGUUUAUGAAAUCGUGGAGAGGCGGCUGUGGGGUGGGAGGUUCUGCUUGUAUUUGAGAUGGCUGCUUGUGUUGGCAGUGUGUUUGGUGGCUUUGUUGGUUCCUAACUUUGCUGAUUUCAUGGCUUUGGUUGGGAGUGGUGUCUGCUGUGUUCUGGGGUUUGUUUUGCCUACUUUGUUUCAUCUCUUGGUCUUCAAGGGAGAGAUGGGGUGGAAGCAAUGGCUCUCAGAUGUUAGCAUAAUGGCACUGGGAAUUAUUCUUGGGGUUUCAGGAACAUGGUUUGCUCUGCAAGAAAUUUUCGCUGCCAAAGUAUAGGAUGUUAUUUGAGCAAUGAGCAUCAGCUAUGAACUUCUCAGUAUAGUAGCAUGAAACUUUUCUUAAUGUGCUGCCAAAAGAUCCUUAUUAUCUUUCUUUCGGUUGCAAUGGAAUUAUGAAUCAUUUACUAUAAUGAUGUUUUUGAAGUUGGUUCUUAUAGUUUAGAAAGAUUUACGAUUGUACUCCUAUCAGAUUGUUUUUCUCUAAGAUAGGUUCUGCUGGUUUUUGUAAUAAUUUGAUCUAUGUCCAAUUAAGGAAUAAAAAACGUUUAGUGUU